AUGAUAAGCACUAUUCCUGUUCAACCAUCAUAUUCCAUUGGGAAACAAAAACGGUUUGGACUUAGCUCAGCUAUUUAUAAUGCUCCUGGGCCAGCUGCCUAUAAUAUUCCAAGAGAUCUAGCCAAGCGUUCUUCGUCUUUUACAAGAGCUAAAAAACAUGCAGCUAUGCCUAAUGGAAAUCCAGGGCCUGCAAGUUAUAAUACUCCGGCAAAGAUAGGAGAAGGGCCUAGGGCUAUUAUAAUCUCAAGAAAAUCUAUGAGAAACCAAGAAAUGAUCCCAGGGCCUGCGGAUUAUUCGCCGAAGUAUCUUAAAAGAAAUAUCAGUUAUUCAAUGAGAAGCAAAUCAAGUGGAAAAAAUGACGAAAACCUUCCUGGGCCUGGAGCUUAUAGUGGAAACCCAGUCAAACCAAACUCGCCAAGGGCUACAAUUGGGAGAGCUAGAAGAUUGUCAUUAAAUUCUGAUACUAUAAACCCUGGCCCUGGGGCUUAUGAAUCUAAAUGGGAACGGAUAAAGAAUCCGAAUUAUUCCUUUUCUCACAGUUCUCGCGAUGGGUUUCUGAACACCUCAGUACUAGAAGAUGGAAAAGAAAGCGUGCGAACACAUAGAAGGAUAAAAACUUCCAAAGAAAUCACACCUGGCCCUAGCGAUUACGCCCCAAACUAUAAUUGCAAUAAAAUUUUAUCCCCAAGAGCCGUAGCAGGGAGGUCUGUAAGGGAUUCUUGAAUAGCAGAUAAAAGCAACCCAGGGCCUGGCAAUUACACCCCUAAAUCUGACUAUUUUUCUCCAAGAUUCAGCUUCUCUAGAGACCAAAAAACGCGUGUCACCAAAGAUGUUCCAGGCCCUGGACAAUAUGAUAUCCCAAGUACAAUCGGGAGCAUUAAAAGUACAGCGUCAUUGAAUAAUACAUUUUCUUAA